AUGAAGUUCAUCAUCUCCUUUGGACUGGCAACCCUGGUGGCUGCCGCUCCGUCUCAGAACCCAACAAGAACCCAACCUCUUGAAAAGCGUGCUAGCACUCUCUGUGGGCAGUGGGACUCGGUCGAGACCGGUGGAUAUACCAUCUACAACAACCUCUGGGGCCAGGAUAACGGAUCUGGCUCACAGUGCCUGACAGUCGAGGGUGUUACUAACGGCCUGGCUGCAUGGUCGUCAACGUGGUCUUGGAGCGGUGGCUCGUCUAGUGUCAAGUCGUACUCCAACGCUGUUGUUAGUGCCGAUGCUGCUAGAAUCUCUGCUAUUUCUUCUAUCCCUUCGAAAUGGGAGUGGAGCUAUACUGGAACCGACAUUGUGGCCAACGUUGCAUACGAUCUUUUCUCCAACACAGACUGUGGCGAUACCCCUGAAUACGAGAUCAUGAUCUGGCUGAGCGCUCUAGGUGGCGCAGGUCCCAUCAGCUCCACUGGCUCAUCCAUUGCUACAGUUACUCUUGCCGGUGCAUCGUGGAACCUGUGGAAGGGCCAAAACAACCAGAUGACUGUUUUCAGCUUCGUAGCAGCGUCCGACCAGAACAGUUUCAGCGGUGAUUUGAACGACUUCAUCCGGUAUCUUGUAGAAUCUCAGGGAUAUUCGGGCUCUCAAUGCUUAUACUCAAUCGGCGCUGGCACCGAGCCAUUCACGGGUACCAAUGCUGAGUUCAUCACAACUGGUUACAGUGUUUCGGUAUCUGCCGGCGAUAGCGGCAACGAUGAGACAACACCUUCUCAGGCUCAAUCAAGCAGCGUCGAAACCUCUACAGCAACUCAGCCUCAGCCCAGUAGCACGGCAACCCCCACUGUCACACUGUCUCAACCAUCCAAUGAAUCAACUACUACACCAGCGCAAUCUCAGCCUAGCAGCGUGGAAACUACUCCAGCGGCUCAGCCUCAACCGACCAGUGGAACAACAACUUCAGCCCAAGCUCAGCCUACCUCCGGAACGGGCUGCUCCCGCCGCAGGAAGCGCAGAGUUAGUGUCUAG